AUGUACGAAGAGAAGGCGAAGGUCGCCAAGGUGGCACAAGCUGAGGAGCUUCUUCCUGCGCGCUCCGCACGGGGUGGAAAAGCCCAGGGCGAGGUGCACGCCGAAGGACGCAAACCAGGGAAAGGGCGAGGGAAAGGCAAAGGGAAGAAGAAAGAUGGUGAGGAGCCUGUCAUGACCCGAGCAGACUUCUUCCGCCAGAGCCCGACCAUUCGCUGUGCCACUGGCCGUGCGGGUUUCAGGCCAGUGAUUCCUCGAUGGAGCUGGUGGCAAGGCAACGUGGGUGACCGAGUUGGGCAAGGCCUGGGCUAUUUCUCUGCGGUGAAGUUCCAACUGCCCAUGGGGGAGAAAGAGGUGACGGUGCAAGCUCAAGUGGUGAUGAAUGUGGCGGGUUCCAAGCAUUGGGAGGAUGGAGAAGGUUUUGAGGAUGCCUUGAAGUCCCUCGAGUUACAAGCCUCGCAGGCAGCACAGGCAAUGCAAAUCCAAGAUGCACCCUCUGGUGCUGAUGUGACAACAGCCGACACCGCUGUUGCGACGACGGCUUCUGCGGAUUUGACGUCACUCGGAUGAUAGUGGUUCACAGUGGUUCAGUGUGACAGCAGCAGCGCAAAUCCAAGAUGCACCUUCUGGUGCUGAUGUGACGGCAGCCGACACCGCUGUUGCUCUGACGACGGCUUCUGCGGAUUUGACGUCACUCGGAUGGUAGUGGCAGCGCACAUCCAAGAUGCAUCCUUUGGUGCUGACUUGACGGCAGCCGACACUGCUGUUGAUCCAACGGCUUCUGCGAAUUUGACGCAGACAGAGCCAAGGGCUUGUGAUCCAGAGGAUGCUGUGCAUGAGAGUGCUGGGCUGGGAGGUGCAUGAAAUUCGUUCCUCGUGGGCGCGGACCUCUUCAUGGACCUCGAUCCAUGGCGAGGUCGCGCCGGUUGGGCGUUCAGAAUGGUUGCAGUUCUGCGUGGUUGGACCUUUGUGG